UGACCUUGGAUGCAGAUAUAAUUCAUGUCCGAGAUUUAUUUAGUGCGUAAGGUCUUGCUAUUAAGUGGACCUGGGAUUCAAAUGGUCAUUUUACUCUUUAGUGAAAUAGCUGUGUGAUUUUUCUUAGACAAUGACCUGGACAGGACUAUUUUGUCCAAAUCGUUAUGUCCACUUCAGUCUAUUUCUAUGGCUCUCCAUUCAUUCCUGGGUCGGGGCUAUUGGUAGAGCGUCACCUAAAGAUGUUAUAGUGCCUACAACAGAGGGACCACUACGUGGACUAGACAACGACCUAACUCAGGCAUUCAGGGGCAUACCCUUUGCGGCUCCACCAGUCGGAAGUCUCAGAUGGAAACCCCCUCAGCCUCCCAAGAGCUGGCGCCCCAGUGUGCUGGACGCUCAGUUUGACGCUCCUGGGUGUCCGCAAUUAGGAUGCACUAAGCUGACUCCACCAAUAGCAUGCCCGCAAAAAACCUCUGAAGAUUGUCUUUAUCUGAAUGUCUUCGCCCCAUCGGGCGCCAAGAAUGGCACAAACCUCCCCGUUAUGGUUUACAUUCAUGGUGGAAACUUUUUCUACAUGAGUGGCUCCAGUCUUCUAUUUGAUGGAAGUGCUCUGGCACAAACUGGGGACGUGGUCGUAGUCACUAUGAACUACCGUCUAGGAGCCCUAGGCUUUCUUAUGACCGGGGACACUGAAGAUGACGCCAGGGGUAAUUAUGGAUUGUAUGACCAGGUUAUGGCCCUAAAAUGGGUCAAGGUCAACAUUGCUGCGUUUGGAGGAGAUCCUAAUAUGGUCACAUUGUUCGGACAGAGUGCCGGGGCCCAGUCCACACUUCAACACAUGACGGAGGAGGACACGUCUACGCUCUUUCACAGGGUCAUCAUUGAAAGCUCUCCGGUGGCUUUACCUUACAAGACCUAUCAAGAGGCGUUUAUCCUAGGUGGGCUACUAGCAGAAACACUGGGGUGCCCAGUCAGAGACAUGGCUUGCCUAAGAAGUAAACCCGCUGAUCAAGUAGCUCAAGCUGCACUGGCUACACGGGCUGAUAUAGCUUCCCUGAAGUUCCUUGAGCUCUUCGAGCCUUACGGCCCGUACAUUGAUGGGAUAACUGUUAAAGGCCAACCGCUUGAUGUGAUGAGAGCUGGUCAAUUCUUCAAGAAACCAAUGAUUGUAGGAACAACCAGGGAAGAGACUGUCCUGUACAUCUAUGGAAGCUACAAUAAAACUGUCAGCAUUGCACAGUACUUGACCUUGCUCCUAAUUGAGCGACCUGACAAGUUUUUGGAGAUUGCGGAGCACUAUAAACCUACAAUAACCACAGAGGACCAAAGGGAACUUUUGGUCAAUGUAAGUACUGACCUGGUGUUUUGGUGUCCGACCAGAAAUCUAACGCGGACACUUCUCGGUCAAGGCAUGGGUGACAUCUGGAUGUAUCUAUGGGAUCACGCCUUCUCGUUUCCUGGAUGGGGUCCAGUGACAUUCUGUGAAGGUCGUGUGUGCCACGGCACUGAGAUCGUGUACGUCUUUCACACGGCCGCCAAAGGAAACUUCACCUUCACCAAGGAGGAAGAGCUUCUCAGCUCGAGUAUCAUGCAAUACUGGACCAACUUCGCAUGGACUGGCGACCCGAACAUCGGUCACCAAGGUGCCAGACAGGAGGUCAAGGGCGCCGGCGUGGGUUCAGCGUCUUUGAAAGUUUUGAGUGGUCUCGAAAGAACUCUGGCCAAAGAGCUCAGCGAUAAAACUGGAGUGCAUCCCAAACAUGGAGAAGUCGCGAGAGUGGCUCUCGAGAUAGAGGCCUCCGUCGAUAGCCAGAUAUUUUCCAAGAGGACAUUCAAAGGUUCCCAGCUGGUGUGGCCCAAGUAUAGUGGUGGCACCGGGUGGACUGCCUUGCAUUUCCAGGUCCCACAGAACCAGAUUAUUGAGGACUACAAGGCAGACCGAUGCAAUUUCUGGGACAGUAUUGGUUAUUCUGUUCCAAAAUGACAAAAGCUUUAGGAUCAAUAAUUAUUUCACGUUUUUCUGUUCUGUGUAAAUGUUUUGAUGCAGCCAGAUGUGAGGAGUUAACACAUUGGUUCUAAUUUUUUUACUACAUUUUAAAGAGCUGCGUAAAGUCAAUAAACCAAAAUACUAUC